CGCAUUGCACUCGCGCGGCCGAGCUCCGUCCGCGGCGGAGCUCUUCAUUCGAAAGCUCGAGUCGCGAUGCGGCGCGGGAUCGCGGCCGUGCUCGAGUGGCGCGUAAGCACCCCGCCGUCCGCCGAAGACGCCUGAGCGAGCCUACAAGCGAAGCGAGCGCGCACGCGGGCCCUGGCCAACAUGCUGCUCGUGCCCUCCUCCAUGAUGGCCAUACAGUCGAAGAUGGUGUACCAGCUGAACAAGUUCUACGGCGAGAAGGUGCAGCUGCGCAUGGCGCAGAUUCACAAGACCAUCCGCGAGGUGUGUCGCGUGGUGCAGGAGGUGCUGAAGGAGGUGGAGGUGCAGGAGCCGCGCUUCAUCUCGUCGCUGACCGAGUGCAACGGCAGGUUCGAGGGCCUCGAGGUCAUCUCGCCCUACGAGUUCGAGGUCGUGCUCUACCUCAACCAGAUGGGCGUGUUCAACUUCGUGGACGACGGCACGCUGCCGGGCUGCGCCGUGCUCAAGCUCAGCGACGGGCGCAAGCGCUCCAUGUCGCUCUGGGUGGAGUUCAUCACCGCCUCGGGCUACCUGUCGGCGCGCAAGAUCCGCUCGCGCUUCCAGACCCUGGUGGCGCAGGCCUGCGACAAGUGCGCCUACCGCGACUCGGUCAAGAUGAUCGCCGACACGUCGGAGGUGAGGCUGCGCAUCCGCGAGCGCUUCGUGGUGCAGAUCACGCCGGCGUUCAAGUGCUCGGGCGUGUGGCCGCGCUCGGCAGCGCACUGGCCCAUCGCACACAUUGCCUGGCCGUAUCCGAACCUCGCGGCCGAGGUCAAGACCGAGGGCUUCGACCUGCUGAGCAAGGAGAGCGUGGCCAUGCAGGGCAAGCAGUCGGCCAUGGAGGGUGACGCCUGGGUUCUGUCCUUCAACGAGGCCGAAGCUCGUCUGCUGCAGGCCGGCUGUCGCAAGCGCUGCCUGAGCAUACUCAAGACUCUGCGCGACCGCCACCUCGAGCUGCCGGGCAACCCGCUGACCAGCUAUCACAUGAAGACGCUGCUGCUCUACGAGUGCGAGAAGCACCCGCUCGAGUCCGAGUGGGACGACUCGUGCAUUGGCGACCGUAUAAACGGCAUCUUUCUUCAGCUCAUCUCCUGCCUGCAGUGUCGCAGGUGUCCUCACUAUUUCUUGCCAAAUUUGGAUCUGUUCAAAGGCAAGUCGCCGAGCGCUCUUGAGACUGCCGCCAAGCAGGUCUGGAGACUCACGCGGGAACUGCUCAUGAAUAGCCGUGCGCUUGAGAAACUCUAACUGCACACUAUAUUCCUUUACCAACGCGUUGGUCUCUCUGAUUUCUUGGCGCGUCGUCGGAACCUCCUUUCUAAUACUCGAUGGCGUUUCUAUCCUUCAACCAAAAAGUAAUAUCGCUUACUCUGCCUCCAAGAGAAAUACGAUAGUCGGCUCUUUUUUGCUGGAUAUGUGAUAUUUCGCGAAAAUUCUAUAAUUUUCUAAAUCAUCUAAAUUUGUUACGCUUGUAUACGAAUGUAAAGUACGCCGGGCCAAUGACGGUAACAAAAUUGCUUUUAAAAAUAGUCGAAGCCCUUUCAAUACGACUAUGUACAGAAAAAGCUUAUAUUAAAUUUGUAAUCUUGCGGCAACAUUAAUAUUGAAGGUGUAAAUGCGCAGAGAAUAACUUGUGAUAAAGGUGAUGCUUCUUCAAUUUUCAAUUUUAUAGACAUAAAAACAUUUUUCUAGCUUGUGUCGACGUUAUGACAGUUUGUGGCUAUACGUAUAUCCGCAAAUUUUAUAAUGUAUAAUUACUCAUCUCUUGUUACCAUUUCCGUCUUGAGAUUCAAUUCGGGAAGAUGUUCAUGACGUAAAAUAUAGUAAUGCAAUCUUCGCAUCAUUAGUAAAAUUUCCGCACAGAUUUUAUUCCAAACAAUCUGUUGUUUUAUGUCAUUUACAAGGUUACGAUGAAACACUCAUGAAAUUGAAAUUGACCCAUGGUCUAUGAUUCAAUCGUUAAUAUAUCAAGAUUUCGAGUGUGCAAUAAUGAAAAGAGGCUUCCUCUACGAGUGGAAGCAAAAUUGAUACCUUGAGAUUACAUUUUAAAUAAGAUCAUAUAUAUGCCGUAUAUUCGAAUUUACGUAUCAUAGUGCAUCCCAAAAGCAUAUAAAAUUUGGAAUAAACGUCAUGUCACUCCGGUUCAAACGAUCGAUGAAAGAAAAAUUAUUCAGACUUAUUGUAUAUUGUAAACAUCAAGCUGAUCAUUGUUGAGCGUUAUAUAUUACGUUAUUUUUAUUGUAUCAUAUUUAUCUAUAUUAUAUUAUGUUUAUAUUUAUUUGAAAAUAUUUUGUUACCUGAUACUGUAA